GGGUGGGGGGUUUCACUUCCGGGACGGUGUUCCGGCCCAUUCCGGCCCAUUUCCACCCCCGGAGCUCUCACCCCUCCAGUGCCGACGGUAAAGAAAGACUUUACUCCAGGGGCUUCCUUCUCACUGGGGAAUUGCCGGAAAAAGCAAACAAAAAAAAGGCGCUGGUGUAGGCUCCAAAAUAAACAUCUGAAUUCAUGAUGGCAUCGACAGUGGCUCUUAUUGGAUUAAAAGUUUCAAAACAAACAAAAACGCUUUGGAAAAAGCAGGGUUGAAUGCCUGCCUGCACCCUCAGGCACGACCAUGGAGAAAGGUGGGAACAUACAACUGGAGAUCCCUGACUUCAGCAAUUCUGUCCUGAGCCAUCUAAACCAGCUGCGUAUGCAGGGCCGUCUCUGUGAUAUCGUGGUCAAUGUGCAAGGACAAGCUUUUCGAGCUCACAAAGUGGUACUGGCUGCCAGCUCCCCCUAUUUCCGGGAUCACAUGUCCUUGAAUGAGAUGAGUACUGUCUCCAUCUCAGUCAUCAAGAACCCUACUGUUUUUGAACAGCUCCUUUCUUUCUGUUAUACAGGGCGAAUCUGCCUGCAACUAGCAGAUAUCAUCAGCUACCUGACAGCUGCCAGUUUUCUGCAGAUGCAGCAUAUUAUAGACAAAUGUACACAGAUCCUGGAGGGCAUUCACUUCAAAAUUAAUGUGGCUGAGGUUGAAGCAGAAUUAAGUCAAACAAGGACAAAGCAUCCCGAGAGACCUCCAGAGUCUCACAGGGUUACACCAAAUCUAAACCGCUCCCUUAGCCCACGACACAGUGCCCCAAAGGGAAACCGGCGGGGCCAGGUUAGUGCAGUGCUCGAUAUCAGGGAGCUUAGUCCUCCAGAGGAGUCCACCAGCCCUCAGAUAAUUGAACAGAGCUCUGAUGUAGAGAGCCGGGAGCCCAUUCUUCGGAUCAACCGAGCAGGACAGUGGUAUGUGGAGACAGGAGUAGCAGACCGAGGGUCCAGGAGUGAUGAUGAAGUUAGGGUACUUGGAGCAGUACACAUCAAAACUGAAAAUCUGGAGGAAUGGCUUGGGCCUGAAAAUCAGCCUUCUGGAGAAGAUGGAAGUAGUGCAGAGGAGGUCACAGCCAUGGUGAUUGACACCACAGGCCAUGGGUCUGUGGGACAGGAAAAUUAUACUUUAGGGUCUUCAGGAGCCAAGGUGGUUCGACCAACCAGCAGUGAGAUUGACAGAUUUAGCCCCUCUGGCAGUAUUGUUCCCUUGACAGAGAGACACAGAGCCAAAAGUGAGUCUCCUGGGAGAAUGGAUGAGCCUAAGCAACCUAGUUCCCAGGUAGAAGAGUCAGCAAUGAUGGGAGUAAGUGGCUAUGUGGAAUAUCUCCGAGAGCAGGAAGUAUCUGAGAGGUGGUUCCGGUACAACCCACGUCUCACCUGCAUCUACUGUGCAAAAUCUUUCAACCAGAAGGGGAGCCUGGACCGCCACAUGCGCCUACACAUGGGCAUCACACCGUUUGUUUGCCGCAUGUGUGGCAAGAAGUACACUCGGAAAGAUCAGCUAGAGUAUCAUAUCCGCAAGCACACAGGCAACAAGCCCUUUCACUGUCAUGUUUGUGGCAAAAGUUUCCCCUUCCAGGCCAUCUUGAAUCAGCACUUUCGCAAAAACCACCCCGGCUGUAUCCCCCUAGAGGGGCCUCACAGUAUAUCCCCUGAAACAACUGUCACAUCUAGAGGACAAGCUGAGGAAGAGUCACCUUCACAGGAAGAGACAGUUGCUCCUGGGGAAACCGCCCAGGGCUCUGUGUCUACCACUGGGCCAGAUUGAAACAUAGAGGGGGAGGGGGCAGACCCUCUUCCCCUUUGGGCCGUAAGCUGCCAGCAUCAGGGCCACGGGCUGGUACUUAGAUUCACAAAAUGCCACAUCACUAGACCGGAAGAUGCUCCCAAGAUGUUGCCAAACUAGAGGAUCAGCAACAUACACAAAAGCACUAAAGGUUCUUCCCCUUCUUCCCACCUCACACUUUGGAAAAUAAUCAAGCAAAUCAACUUUCUAAUUCAGGGAUCAACAGCCUUGGUUUGUUAACUUUAUAAGAAAUUUUUUAACAAAACAAUGAUAAGUGGUGAUUUAUCUACGUCAUGUUUGAAUACUGUACUUUGGUUCAUAUCAUCAUGGUGGCUGUAUUUGCCUAGCUCUAAAAAAUGCAGCAGGAGCCUUGGUCAUCUGAACCAGCUGCCACAAGAAAGGAAGUAACCAAUAUGGUGAUGAUGAGGAGGAAUUUCUCCUGUUCCUUCCCUGCCAGAACAUGCAGUUUCACGUUUCAAGAAAAAAGAAAAAAUCCUAGUGGUCCUUGUUUUGAAAGGUUAGACCUCAUCUUUGCCCUGACUAAGGCACCUGGUACUUUGCCUGAUUGUUUCACAUAAGCAGCCAUCUUGGAGCAGUGUUCUGGUGGGUGACAUCGCCUGAAGCACUUUAGGCAGCAGGAAGUGACAUGUACGGUAAAGUCUUCGCAGUAGCUACUGUGCAUUUUAGAGUACCUGUUGUCUUCAGAAAGAGGUGUUCCCAGUAGGUACUGUGCAUUUUAAAGUACCUAUUUGACUUCAGAAAGAGGGGAGCAGGGAAGGAAGUGUUUUUGUUUUGCAAAUAUCGAACAGCACAGAGCCAAACUGCAACUUUCUGAUUGGUGUUUGUAAACCAUAGUGCUCAUAUAUCUUUGGGUGUUAAGGAAAUGGCUCUAGUCCAGAUGAAUCAAUGUGUUAGGCUGACUACCAAAGUUUCAUCCUAUCUCUUCAGCUAGUUUCACAUAACAGCAAUAUUGUACAUCAAAAUAUCACUUUCCAGUGAAAUGAGCCUGGAUAUUUUUAAAUCCACAGGUGUCCAUAUUUGAUAACUUUUAUAUGAAGUUUUAAACACAUUUUUUCUGCAAUAUUGUGGUUGAAGAAAUUCAACACUGAUUCUCAACCACAAUUCCAUUUCCUUCAACAUAUGGAAUAGUUUAUAUUUUCAGUCCUAUAGGAGAACCUCACUAAAUCUGUCUCAUGUCUGCAAACCUAGUAAUUCAUAAACUAACCACCAGCAAGUUGCUGGUGACUCCAAGAGCUUUGCUUUUUAAUAAUACACUACAGGGCAUUUACCAGAGAACAUCAUGCACAAUCACGUUGCAAUAAAUGAUCAGCUUUGAUCAGGUUUGGUUACUUAAUCAUUCCUAAGAUUUUUAAAACUUUAAGGGACCUUUUUGGUAAUCUGGGUAUUUCUGAGAUUCUUAAUCCAGCAGAGAAUCAGAAAGAACUUACCAAAUAUAUAGAGCUUUAGAUGCCCUGUCCGCAUGCGGAGAAUAAAGGAGGAGUAUUAAAGGAUGCAAGCAAGUAGAUGCUUACAAGUUACAGUGCAAAUAGAAAAGAGAAAAAUCUCUAGCUUCUCUUAAUUGAUCAUUAAUGUUAAAAGUAUUAAAAUAUAUAGUUUAAGAAAUUGUUUUGGUGCUGAGGCAUAGAUGAUUGUAUAGAUUAAGGAGAAGGGCUGAGCCAUUUGUGAGAUUGUCAUAAUGUGCUCCCUUCUUCAGAAUGCUUUGUGGUAUGUAGAAAGGUGGAUAGAAAAGAAGCGUUUCUUUGAUGAUAGAACGUUAGAACACAAAGGGUAACUCUUAAGCUAAGAAUUGCACAUAAUUCGUAUAGGCUACACAGUAUCACUAGAGAAAGUUAUUUUCUUUCUUCUGGGAAAACAGAAACAUGUCUUUCAGUAGGAAUGUAAUGCUACCAUUUGAUAAGAGGCUACCUUUAAGGUAGUGUUGAAGCUGUGGGAGACAUAGAUUGGGGCAUUCUCUAGUUGGGCAACAGCCUGAGAGUAAAAACUGUCACCUAGAGCCUUCUUAGGGACCAGCAGUGCUCUGUGCCAUAGAAAUAGUGGAGUUGGAAUUAGGCUGAAAUCUCUAGGGAAACAUUUUAGUUAGUAAUCAAGGCUUUCAAUAGACAAAUUUUGGCAUUAGUAAUUAGGCAAGGAGGUGAGAAUACAGAAUAUGUUGCUUUAGAUGGAGCUUUGAAGCCUACCAAAAAAUUUUUCAAGUCCAUCUACUUUUGAAAAGUAGUAUACUGGAAAGUUUUUUUUAUUGCUUUGCUUGUUUCUUAUAUUUUAUGUGGAAAAACAGCUUUUUAAACUAUUACCAAAUUUUAACGGUGAAGUGCAGUAAUUUCUGUAAAGGGAGACUUUGCAGCAUUUGUCAGCACUCAAUCUAGGUUUAGCAGCAAAAAUUGAAGUGCUGUGCCUAUAUGUUGGGUUCUCCCCACACCCCUUCAUUCCCCUCCCAAUGGUUUUUUGCUGUAUUGAUAUUGUGAAUAGAAUGGAGUGCUUCCAGUGCACAAUCACAUUUGCUGGUUCUAUCCUCUUAAUUGACCUAGCCUGAAUCCAUGAAAUCCAUGAAAAUUCAAGCCAGGCUAACUGUUUUAAAGUUUCUGAAAGUAAUUUCCCCAUUUUAGGUAGGAAGAGAUACUACUUUCUAAAUAAUUAUCCGAUUCCCAUCACUGUGACAUUGUCCUAGUUCUUAGCUAACAUCACUGUAGGGGCAUAGGAGUUAGUAGUAUUCUGUCUGCUCUAAUGAAUAGCUGUAUUGGUGUGUGCACAGAAGAUACCUCUCUUAAGGUUAUACUAAAUGGACUUUAGCAAAUGCUAAAAACUCAUUACCAAAUCUUAACUUGCACAUGUCACCUUGUGGAGGGAACUGCAUUAACAGAGCUAAAUCAUCAUCAUUAAGUGCUUUAAUGCUGUGAAACAGCAAAUAAUGGGACUGUUUCCAUUCAUUGAGUGGCACUUAAUAGCAAAGGAGCUACCUACUAUUCGCAGCAUAAGAAGAGAGAUGGCAAUAUAGUAAUCUUUUAUUCUAAGCAAAAUCUUUUACUCUGAACUCUGAUAAGCAGUAUAAAAUACAGCGUUGGCCUAACAGUAGCACUGUACUUAAGCAGAAAGGCUCUUUCUAAUGACUUGUUCUCACUUUACUCAGAACCAUAUUUACCUCUGAACUGAGUUGAGUUUUAAAGUUGCAAACUACCCCCAACCCAUUUCCUUAUACCAGGUAGUUAAAGAUAAUCUUGAAUAUGUAAAAAUAAAUUAGUUCCCAAAGGAUAGAUAUUGGAAAGGAAGGGCUAUAGCAUUAAGGAAAGUUUUCUUGUUCCUUUGUUUUCAGAAUUUUUAAUGUUUCUGAUUCUGUCUUCACCAGUGAAACUGGGUCUUCCAAAAAUGGUGUUUCAACAGAAAUAACCAUUUUCCCUCUAACUUCAUAGUUGAAACUUAGCCUUGAUUGGACGUGUCUGAUGGGAGAGUGAAAUAGUGAACUUCAUACUCAAUUGCUGAGUCCCCUUUCAUCAAGAAAUAACUUUUAAAUUGUUUGGCUUUUACUUGACACUGAUUGUGUUUUUCUUAACUGGUGAAAACUACAUUUUGUUUGACUAGGAGAUCUAAUACAAGAAACAAAAGCUGUGAGUAAUGGAAAAGACAUUAAUUGAGCAGAGACAAAAAGCUUAAUUAUAGUGAGAAAGCAUUUAAUCAGAAGGGAGUUGCAAUCCUGGAAGUUUUCCUUUUUCAUAUUCAACAGAUGUGUUUUUUCUUUUUCAAAAUGUCCUUAUCAGUGUUCUCAGUUGUUCAAAAAAUAAGCGAUGGGUCUUUAUUGAACUUCAGCCUUUGAAAAUGGGGCCCUUAUGCCAUGUGGGAAACAGUGUAAAGUAUUUGAAAUACUUUGGUUACUGAGAUAUAGAAAAGGGGACUAGUGGUUAAGUCAGGUAAAUCCCUAAAUUUGAGGGGCUCCCCCUUAGCAAAGUAUAUUUCUAGGAUUUAUGGAUUAGAUCUGCCUUGGCAAACUGUAGUCCCCAAUCCAAAUCCUGAGGCCACCUGUUUGUAUAAAGGAAGUAUUACUGGAAUAGGGCCACACCUGUUCAUUUAGGUGUCAUUUGUGGCUACUUUGUAUUCUAAUGACGGAGUGGAAUACUUGUGACAGAGACCACAUGGCCUGCAAAGUCUGAAAUACUGUCCAACACUUGAUGCUCAGAACUUGCCAAUACCUGAAGUAGAUUUCAAAGAAUUCCCUCUCAAAUGUGUUGGUCCUGCCAUUUCACUUUUAUAGUAGUUGGGUUGAGGUUGAUAUAGAUAUAUGUGUCACAUAUGCAUAUAUGCGUAUAUAUAUGCAUCAAUUUCUUGAAAGAGUUUGCCAUCCUUUUCGAGAUCCUUUUUUCAUAAUGCUCUGUGCUCCUUAUGAUUCUCAUUGUCUAGAAACAUUUAGAUAGGAUUUAUGAUUCAUUCUUGCCUUAAAGGUGCAUUAAUUAAAGGUAAAUUAAAUUUAAAGAUAAAGUCUAGAAUAGUGCUUAUAGAUGUAACAAAAUGAUUCUUAAAACUAAUUCCCAUGCAUAGUAAUGUAUACUUAAGUGGGUACCAUGUUCACAUAAAAUACUAUAAAAAAUACAUUUUUGUAAGUAAAUUUGCCCAUUCCUCUGAGUCUGCUUGAACUGGUUUGCAUAAUGAUGGCAAGAAUGAACAUAUUCCUGCUAGAUUUAAAACUCUGUUAUGAAUAGGUGGUUUGAUUCUAACCCAAAGUACUGCUUUCCUAGAUUAGAAACCUCUUCCUCUUCCAUGUACUAUAAAUCUUUUCAUUUCAACUUCCUCAAGUAAACUCAUUCAUGUGGAGUAGUAAAAAGCCAGACCUUCCUUAUUCUUUAUGAAUGUCUUAAAACAUAAUGAAACAUCUGGGAUUUCAAAUUCUUCUUAAACUGAUCACCCAAUUUCUGCUCUGUUUGUAAUUUUUCUAAAUCUGUAUUGGUCCAAAUUAUACUUGCUUUGUGAAUGCUCAUUUGUGCCUAGUGUUCACAUUAGCUUAUUUAUACCAGAUGUGGAAGAAAUGGAAACUGUUAGGGUGAUAAAUAGCAUUCCUUGCAAGAGGAGAAUGUCACUGCACCCCAUUUGGCAAUAGUGCAUGGAUUUCUGAUUUAAAUGUAUUUACCCAGAUAGUGUUCUAAACUGAUACAAUAAGCCAAUUUGAUUCCUACUUUGUUGUGAGCUCUACAAACACAGACUAGUUUGGAUGAGUGACCUAGCCUCUUACAGAGCACCCCUUCACUAGGCAUUUUAUUCUUAAAGUUGCCUUUAUCUAAGUUGGAUAUUAGUGUGUUCAUGACAUACUGGUGAGUAAUUGAUAAUCUUCAUCUGUAAGGUUCCAGAAUAUCUGCCUAGGUUAGAUCUGCCUUAUUUUAGAGCACUUUUACUCGUAGUAAUAGUGGGCUCUUGAGAUUUUGGAGUGUUGCUUUUCUGCUUAACUUGGGAUUCUGAUUAAACUGGGAUAUAGGAUUUAUAAAAGAAAUUGAACUAGGGAACCCAGGGAAUCAUUCGUCUGCCUGCAACUCUAUUUGAUAGAUGUCAUUUAAAUAUGAGUUAAUUGAAAACAGUGAAGUUUGCAAGCAUUACUUGAUAAUUACCAAACUUAUUUUUUGCCUUUCUUGCCUUCAAUCUCUUUACCUGUUUUCAGUCUUAUCCUUAAGUUAUGCUAGUCUUUUUGCUUUUCAGUAAGUAGGCUUUCUUGCUCAGGACAAGCCAAAGUUAGAUGCUGUGAGUACAGUUGACCCUUGAACAUUGAGAGGAUUGGGAUACCAAACCCAAUAGUUGAGAAUCCACGUAUAAUUUUUAGUUGAUGUGCUGUAAUUGAGGAGUCAAUCAACCAACAAUGCAUUUGGAUGAACAUGUGAAUGUGUAACGGGGCACCACAGUGUAACAGAGGGCUGCAACCCUGUUACAAAUGCAGAACUUGCAGAUGAAAGUGUCCACAUUUCAAGUCUAUGUUCUUCAGGGUCAACUGUACUUUGAAACACCUGACUUAAUUGCAUUCCAUAAAAUGUAAUUAUUGAAACUAACAUUGAUAUCAAGGCCUGAAAGAUAUCUGAACAGACUAUACAAUUUUGUUAUGACGGCAGACUGUCUUUUCCCUCAACUCUGAGGAACAGCAAUAACUGAGAUAGCAAGUACUACUUGAAAUACAUGUUAUCUUCACAGAGGGUACAUAUGUAAAUAAAUUUCUUCUAUCUUCCCCAUUAUCUAUAUAAUAAAUACCUCCCAUCUUAACACAGUUAAGAAAGGCCCACUAGUUCAAAUAGUGGAAGCUUUAAACAACAAAGCUAAGUUUUAAAGACAGCAGUAAAGGAAAAAAUAUUUUUUUUUCUAAUGCUUCUUUCAUGUCUACUCAUUAAGUCCUCUUGAGGAGGCUAGAAUUUACCUUCCAGUUAAGAGGAAUAUAUGUGCAGCCUCUCAUGGCCAACAGCACAAUUGAACAUACUGUGAAUCUUACAAUUUGAAUUAAUCCAUGAUGCCAGAAGUCAAAGAAUCUCAUGGGGAGAUGUUUUCUAGUCAGUGAAAUCACUUAUCUUAAGUGAUAGGUAGUUUACAGGAAAAUAUGUUACAUUUGAUAGCAGACAGUGCGCUUGAGGUUUAUAAAACACUGAUUUUAGCCAUAGUUUGUAUGUGACUUUUCCUGUACUGGAAAAGUUCUGGAUGUACGCUUUUUAAAGCCUGCAGUUUUCACUGAAGAGAUAAAAUAUCAAAAUGAAGGGGACAGAAUUAAUUGUACUAAUUGCUUUAGUGACAUAAUUGCAGUUAAUCCUCAAAAAUAGUUCUAUGAGAUAAUAACUGUACAAUUGAAAAUAGCGGAUCUUUUUUGAAUAUCAACUGUGGGCCAGGCACAGUCCUGUUUGUUCACAUCUGAUGACUAUCUAAUCCUUAUGUGACAGUUCUGUUAGGGUUUUGACUGUUGUCAUCCUCAUUCUACACAGAAAAAACUGAAACAGGUUAACCCAGGCAGUCUAACACUAGAAUUGAACUUUUAAUAAACUAUGUUGCCUUUAGUAGGUGUUAGUAUUCUACAUUUUAUAGCUAAGGAAAAUUAUGAACCCAAGGUUACACAAUGGAUAAAUUGCAGAACUAGUAUUUGCCAAUCUGAUUCCAGAAUCCAGACUCUCUCCAGUUUAUAAUAUUGACUGUUGACUUCCAGGAGUUGGGGUGAACUGGAACAUACAAUACUCAGUAACAGUAACAUAACUGCUUGUAAUGAACUUUUAAUUCAAGCAUAGAUAAUCAAAAGAUUCCUUUAACAGAAUGUAGUUGAACUCUGAGCAGACAAUGAAUGGUGAAUAUUCCCUGGAGGCAAUGCCUACUGCUUCAGAAGUGUUAUCCAUUUGUUAGGUCUAAUUGUGAAUGAGUUGCUACCAAGGCAAAAAAUGAAAGAGAGCAUUCCAGUUAUCUAGUGCUGUGUAACAAACUACCCUAAACUUUAGGGACUUAAAACAACUUAUUGAUGUUGUGAAUGAGAAAUUCAGGAAGAACUCCUCUAGACAAGUCUCUUGCUCUCUGUGAUUACCACUCAGGUCUCUUGGGGUAUUCAGAGGUGAUUGGACAGUUCUGGACUGUCCAAUAUGACCUCACUCUCAUGCUGACUUCCUGGUGUGGAGGCCUAGAAGGUUUACACUCAGCAGGGGUCUUCUUGCCUCUCUGUGGAGUUGCAGGGACUCUGUGGUCUCUCCAUCAGGAUAGGUGGACUUACAAGAGGACAGCCCAGGCCUCCAAGAGGCUGGGCAGAAGGUGCCAGUCCUCUCACAGGACAAGUAUAGAGCUGACAGUCAUUGCCAUAGACUGUUGAUUAAAGUCACAGGUCCCAGAUUCAAGAAGCAUUACCACUUGAUGGAAAGUAUGCAAGGAUUUGGAGCCAUUUUUAAUUUGUUGUAGGUAAUGUUAGGGUUUUUUUUUUUUUAUUUAUCUUGACUAAUAUGUUCAUUUAGGUCAGUUGUUUGUGCCAUUGAAACCAUUUAUUAUAUGUAAAGGAGCCAGAAGAAGAAUGAAACAAAUACCUGGAGUAGAUUUCAUUAGCUGCCUGCCCCCUGAGUUUCAUUUAUCUUAUUGCAAAAUGUCCAGUUUUACUUUUGUUCUGAGUUGUGUACACUUGCAUGUUUUGUUUUUUGUUUUUCUGUGAAGCCACAGUAACUAUAUAUAUGCUGAGCCAGAAAUACUCUAGCGGGAAUCAAAAGCCUACUGUUACAGAACUUAGUUUAUUAAAGAUAUCACCUGUAUUUUAAGUUUACAAAUAGGUGAAAACUCCUGUGGUAUGGGACAUUAUAUGGCUACUAAAUCUCUUUCAACAGGAGUUUCUUUUGCAUGGUGAGAUUAAUGAUAUUCUUUAGAAAAUUUCAAGUUUUGCCUGCUUAUCCUACUCCCUUCUCUACUACUAACCAACCACACUGCCUCUAGCACAACUGUGCUAGAUAGAUGAUAAGUAGGUUCAUGCCAUUUUUAUUACCUUUUGUAUGAAAAAAUCCAUUCCCAACUUUACAUGUUGUUCAUCUUUUAAAAUUAAUAAUUGGUACAGCGUCUCUUACCUAAAAUAACAACUCUUUGAGGUUCUUUGAUUUUUGGCUGUAUUUGUCAGAUUUAGGAUGCUUUAUUUAACUUUUUGCUGUCUUCUAAUAAUUAGACUAUUACCGUCUUCAGAAUAGGGCAGAGAAAUUCUGUACUAAAAAGUGAUCACACUGAAAUCAGUACAAUUUGAUAGGGGAAAAAAAAACCAGUUUGAGAUUAUCCAUCCAUUCCAUGUGCAGAGAAUUAGCUGUGAGGGCUUCUUCCUGGUUAGCCCUAGUUACCAUAUAAUUAGAUCUCUGUUCCUAGGUCAGGUUCCAAGAAUUGCAAAUACAGAAAAUAAAAGGGGUUCUCAGGGUCAGAAACGUAAUUUAGGGCUCUACAAAAUGCUGGGACAGGAAAAAGGUAUUUUUCUCUUUGGUAUUUGUAGUUGAAUAACUAGGGAUGGAUUGUUUGAAGCAUGUAGGAAUCAAGAUUAAUUGGAUUUUUAUCAUGUACAGAUUGGGGCCAAUUUUAAUGACUAAAACUAAAUGAGCCUGAACAUUUUCUUUUUGAGCCACAUUUCUACUCUGGUGAACUUUAAAGUCUACCCUUUGUGAGAGAGAAAGCCUUUGAAAAUAUAUUCCCAGGGAAUGAAAAGUCACAUGAUAAUCUAUGGAGAUGUCUGUUUUCCUGUUCUUUACAUCUCUUUGGACCCUCCUUUAGAUUCUCGGUGACUCUUAAGUUUGAAGUCAUCCAGUGGUUGCAUGAAAAUUCAGUACUAUGAUCUUGAAUUGUAAAUGGGGACAAAAUCAGAAGGAUGGGAACUAGUAGGUUGACAGAAUAUUUAUUCUUCAGCAUCUCAAGUCUAAACCAUUACAAGCUAAUCAUAGCAAUCUGAGUGAAUAGAAAUUUCUUAAGGUUUAGAUUUCUGUUCUUAGCUACAUCUUAAAGCAGAUGUUUAUGACAUAUUUGAAGAUGAUCUACUGAGUUUCCUUUAAAGCAAUAGAAUCCUAACUUUAGUGGUUCUUCAAGAACUACUGCAGAAACAGAAUGACAACACAGGGAACAAACCGUAAAAAUGUGUUUCCUCUGGAAGCCAAGAUGCUAAACAGGUCACUAAGAGUGUGACUAAAAUCCACCUCUAGAGUGGCUAUCUGAGUCAGAUAGCAGAAAUAUGUAGAAUUUAUAUGGUAUUUCUGAUAUUUUUACAAAAAUAAUUUUAAAUCAUGUAACUUGAAGUUUAAAAAAAAAAUGAGCCUGUUUUCUUUUUGGAAAAUGGGCCCAAUAAAAAUAACACUAAUAUAAUUCAAUUGUAUAUGCAUGUGCAUUGGACACAGAGUGGUAUACUAAAGAUAGUUCAUGCAAAUAACUUUUGUGAAAAGUUUGACUAUUUUCUUAAUACCUUUCUUCAUAAAUGUAUGUUUAUAAAUAUAUUUACUCAUCCACUAUGAUCUUGAUAGCUUAGAAGCAUUUUGGUAGCUGUAUCAUUUGAUUCUAAAAAUCAGAUCCCUAGCAUAGUAGGGUAGGAGAGCUUUUUGUCGCUUUGUUUGUAUUUUAGCAAAGAAAAUUAUUUCUUGCACUUUCUAUUUAUAAAGAUGUUAUAACACAUUGCACCCACUUAGUGCAUCUGUUCAUUAGAGACAAAAGAUGUAGGUCUUAAAGUGAAAUGUGUGUUUAAAAACCUGGUGAAAGGAUGGACCUCAAAAAAACAAGCUUGGCUUUGAUCCACCUGAGAAGGGUGGGGUAAAAUAUACAGUUUAGAUUGAAAAUAGCUUUUGGGCUAGGUGUGCAGUUGCUGCAGGUUGCAGUAUUGUGAGUUGCCAGCUGUAUGUAUGUGAUUUCAUGUAUGUAUGUGAGAAAAAGGUGUUUGAUGAAGGCAGAUAAGUCAAUGUAGACCACGCUACCUCCCAUUAAAGACUGAACAUAGUCCGAGAUCGCCCUGUAGCCCCUGGGGCUGGAGGCUGGAUUGCUCAGUCUCGGUCCACCCCAUUCUCUUUUGUACUCCCUUCAGCAUCUCUACCUCUGAGCACUUGGCUGAAGAGAGAGUAUAGUUUUCUGUAGCAAGCAAAGUUAGACCUAAAAUAUUAAGGCUGCAGAUCUAAAUUCUUAUCAUGUUCAAAUGUUAACGUUUGAUUUGGUUGCCCAAAUCAAACUGGCAGAACACUUGGGUUUAAUGCUUUUAUCCAUUGGUUCUUGUUUGGCGGUAGUAGCCAGAGGAAAUGGAGGCUUUCUGUUUAUUUUUAAAGAUGCACCCAACUGCUUUUAAUGAUGUGAAAAAUUGUUUGAAUCCUGAAUUCAAAUUUUUUCAUUUGCGGUCCAUUUUUGGAGGACUGGAAUAUUAGUCACAUUUUUACUAUACCGAAUCUUCUGCCAGUACCUUGCCAUGCAUGGAUUUUUGGAUGACCUGACUUGCUUUUUGUCACUCCAAAAAAAGAUAUUCCUGUUUUUAAUGCAGAUUCUGUUAUAGUAGUUAAGAUGUCCUUGCUUGAAUGUUGUGUCAGGAAAUUCAUUUUCAGUAGUAAAAUGCCGCUAGGCAGACCACUUACUCUUCAAUCCAGUUGUAGCACUCACUGACUUGCUAUUUGGGGCACUAGUACACUGGGCCAAUCAGGUUACCUACCUUUUGAACACUUGUUACCGCUGAGGAAUGAUUGUUUAGAGAUAUCACGGAAUGCGUCGCGCCUUUUCAUCUUAAUGCACUGGCAGGUUAUAAUGUCUAAACAAGGAUUCUUUGGUUAAGAGUGAAAAUGAGAGAUGAUCCAUUUUUUCACUUUUAGAGGUUGGCAUCUGUACUUUAGGUAUUAGCUGAUAAAUACUUACUUUCCAGGUGAAUGGGCAGGGCAAGUGAGCAUGCAGAUAAUGUGAAAUUCCAAAUAAUUAGACAAGCAUUACUCAGAGGUGACAACUGAUAUAUAACUUCUGCCACAUUACGGUAUGAAUGAGGCAGUAAAACCAUGUGAAUCUAUUCACCACAGCUGUUUUUUUCCUAAGUAUAUAAUAAUUCUUAACCCGUAAGCUAUGCUGUAUUCUAGACUCAGGAAUCACCUCCUGCUUAGGCACAUUCUUCCCUCUGACUUAUCUUUUGUUUGUGCCAGGGUUUCUUCCUAUGCUGGUUUUACUAUAAUACCGUAACUUACUGUUGGUUUUGUGGCCUUUUAUGGCCAAAGUGAUUUAUUUAAAAAGAAGACAAGUCACAAAUGUAGAGGUUAUUUGAUUGCGGCAUGUUAAAAUGAUGAAUCUGGCUGGAGUGAACACUGGCCUUAACGCUUCCUGCUGCAGAGCCAGUUGACCUAAACCAGUAGUUCUCCAUCUUGGCUGUACAUUAGAAUCACCUGGAGCCCAUUCCAAGUAGUCAUAUUUAGUUGAUUCGCUGUGCAACCUGAGCUUUAAAAGCUCCUUGGAGGAUUCUAGUGGGCAGCCAGGGUUGAGAAUCACUGUCUAGGAGAUCCUUAGUGGUCUUUGGCAGGAUAACCUCAAUCUUGUUCUCUUUUUGUCAUUAGAUACCUUCAUAUGUAUUCCAGGCAUGACUCUGAAUUUAAAGCUUACAGUGGGUCAAGGCUCAGUGGUAAAGUGGAUCAUCUAGAGUGAUUCUGGAGAGAAAUGUUGCCAUCCAUCCACUUACCUCUCUAUACCAAAUGCAAAGUAUUAAUAAGUAAGCAAAACAGAUGUUCAAAGUCUGUUCUUGAGAAUCCUCUUUCCUUGGCUUAUGUGGUUUGAAUGGAAAUUCCUCAACUCUGCUGAAAUAGAGCCCUUGAACUUAUUAAAAGAGCCAAGCCCAAGCCUUCUGAAGUGAUUUCUAAUUGUCAAAGGAACAGGUAGCAUUGUUAAAGUUAAUGGAGAAAAAGAAAUCCUUUCUGGGGUGAUGGUUAUACAUUUAUUAUUCGUCUCUUAGCCUGUUUUCUAAGUGGGAUUUUAAUGUAAAGUGACUUUCACUUUUCCUUGUUUCCUUGUGAAUGAUAUGCACUAGCUAAAGCUUAAAUAUUUCUGAAUUUUAUAUAAAAUGUGAAAUGAGUCAUUUUAGCAUCUUUGCUCCCAGAUAUCAGAGUCCUAACCCAGGAAUUCCCAAAUGAGGUUCCCUAUCUUUUAUUCUUUCCACCCCAGGCAGUUAAGGUACCUGCACAUGGCAACUUCACACAGGUUAAUGGGAAGGGGAGAACUGUUUGAUUAUCCUUAAAAAGUGAGAACCACUGUUCAAACUAGCUACCAAUGAUUUCUAAUUCAUGAAAUUUUGUUUAAAAGCACUUCAAAUGUAGCAGAAACUGCUGAGUGGAUUUUCAGCAUUAUACAAAUUUUUAUUCUUUGAUACUGAUAAUGUGAAUAUCAGACUGCUAUCAAAUAUCAAAAUAAUUAAAUUUCAAAUGAGUGGUGUGCUGGAGGAGAAAAGUGGGUCAAGAGAAAGAUUGGUUACUAUGAGGACUGAAUUUGCAUCAGGCUAUGAAGUUUUAUUAAAAUCACACUAAGGCAUGGCUAUUUGCUUAACAUGCUUUAGCAUACUUGCUACAAUGCCAGAUCAAGUGACUUAGGAAAUUGGUGAGGGCUUCUUAAUAUUGGUUGAAAUAAAAAAGCAGUAGUUUGGGGGACUUGUAAGCAUCCAGAGAAUAGCCCCUUUAUCGGGUUUCAUACUGAAGAACAUUUUGGAGUACUGUAAAAUAUUACAUUGUUGAGCUAUAUGCAGAUCAUACCACACUGGAUUUUAACAUUUUAAAGGGGAAAGUAGAGGAAAAGGAUGGGGAAGUAAUGGUAAAAGAUAAAUAUAUAAACAUGUACCAUAUUUUAAGUAAGGAAUGAAACAUUCCCUAUCAGAAAUUCUCUGUCAGGACUGUGAAGUUUAGUCUUUCUGCCCUACUGGGUUGGUUUGCUGAUUCCUCUUGAACGUUUAAGAAGUCCUUUCUGAAACAGCUAAACAAUUGCUUGUCUGACUGUAGCUUCUCCCCCUUUCCCCAUCCCCUACCCUCAACAAAAGAAAAACAUUCCCAAACUAGAAGCAAAAGAAGUGUGCUCCGUCUCAGUCCAUUAACUUUUCUUCUGCUGUAGUCUUUGAUCAGGUUUUUGCCUAUUGCAUUUUGUGAUCUAAUGCAGGACUUAAAUGAUGGUUCAGUCAGGAACCAGUGCUUCUCCUUUAAGAAAUUUUAGUAUCAGAGCUCUCAAUUUUUGGCAAGUCAGCAGAAGUGAGUAAAGGGAGAAAUAGAAGAGCACUUAAAUUUUCUGACUCCCCAUGAUUUCAGGUUGGGUCCCACUCAUGCUCUGCCCCUGAGAGAAGACUAGGGGUUCAAAGAGAGAAACGUCAGUGUAGCAGGAAUGUGGUUUCCUUCAGACGGACAUAAUCUGAAAGAAAUCCUCCUAACUGUUUUCUAUGGUGCUUAUAUGGUGGGUGACAACUGUCCCCAUCUCCCUGUCCCUGGCACUGUGCCUUCCCACUGGUCACUGUGAAAAGCAGAUCACACUGGACUCAGAGGCCAGAAUCCAGGACAAGUUCCCCCUUCUCAUCUUGAGCCCAUCACUUCUUCAUGCAGCUGAUAAUGUAGCAUUUACUCCUCUUUGGAAAACUCUUGGGGUUGUCCCCCAAGAAACAGAAAAGCAUUUAAAGGAAAACAGAAAAAAAGAUUCUGGUGGUAGCUAUCAAAGUAAGAGAGUAUAGGAAAAUUUCACUUCCUCUCAGUUGAUAUUGAGAGAUAGCAACUAUGUCUCCUCUUUCUGAGUUUUUAAAGGCUACCAUAAUAUUUAUAAACAAGAAACAUAUGAACAUUUUUUCACAACUUCCUAAGGAUUCAUAUUAAACAGACAAUCAAUUUCUAAAAUGUUAUCCCUGAAAGGGAAUGAAAUAAGAGUUUUUAACUAUAGGAACCCACCAGUCUUUUUUUGUCCUUGGAAAAAACUAACAUUUGAGGUUUGUAUCUUUCAUGUUAAGCGAUUACUCCUUUAGUGAAGAUGCCUCAGAAGUCAGUGAGCCAGGAGGGCACUCUUGUCCUGUGAGGGUGCUGGGCUGGGCUGGUGCAUCUUACUUCCUUAGAGAAUAUCUGUUUUUAUUAUGACCUUAAUUAUAAAUACCUAUAUAUAGGAAUAGGAUUUUUCUCCGCCCCAACCCUCUUUUAAUCAUUAUCACUUAAGUGUAAACCAUACCUUCCCUCACCCCCCUUUUAUUGAAAAAAAAAAAAAAAAGAAGAAGAAAAAAUGCACUUUAAUUCCUAAGAAGAGUGGCUGUUCCUGGCCUUGAAGCCAGAUUACUUCAGGAGGAGAGUUGAGGAGGGAGAACUCCUGCCAGACCCUGUGAAAUGAACCAAAUUCUUUAAUGUAAUAGCAUCUGUUUUUAAACUGCCCCCUACCCCUGCCAAAGGGGAAAGGAAACAACUAAAAUGGACAAGUUCAAAAUACCUACCCUGAUUUUACAAGUUUCACUGGGAAAAACAUCCAAUAUUAAGCUAUUUGCUCAGCUCCCAAAUUAUGAGAAACUUCUGGGGUUUGUGGGAGGCCGAGAUUUUUUAAAAUUAAAAGAGGCAAGUGAAAACACACGCUAAAGUAGGACCCUGGUUUGUGUCAUUUCGAAGUCAUGACUUGUUCUUGCCCUUAAUAUGACAGGUAUUCUCAGUCUCUCCUCCUGUAGAUUCUGUCCUUCCCCUGAUGACAAGCCAAUAAUAGUUCUUGGUGGGGUUGCAUGUCUCUUAGAGCCCAGGAGCCCUGUUGUGUCGGGGGAGGGGGGAGGGCAGGUGGGUGGACAGAGACUGGGGUUGGGGGAGGGACAUUAGAGAAAGAGUGAAGAUAUGGGUUUAUAUAAACAUAUUUAAAGCAGUUUAGCAAAAGCUUUCUCGUUGAACAGCUUUAAGAACAAUGUGAAUGAAAUCUUAGCAACUUGGUUAGUAAUCUGAAAAGUCUAUAAAUGUAUACUUGAAAUUGUUUGUAUAAAAAUACAUUUUCCUCUUUAUUUUAACACUGUGUAAAAGAACAUUAUGCAUGUGAGUGGUUUGAGAAUUAAAUGA